AUGAAUGCAAAUGAUUCUGUAGUUGUACAUGUAGCUAAAAUUCAAAAUCUAGCAUUACAACUCAGAAAUCUUGCAGAAAAGGUUUCAGAUGUAGCUGUAAUGGCGAAAGUCAUUGCAUCAUUACCAUCAAAAUAUAAUGCAUUUAAAACAGCUUGGGACAGUGUGCCAGCUAGUCAACAAAAUGUAGAAACUUUGAUGGAACAUCUCAUCAAAGAAGAGUCCCAGCUGAAUAUGAGUGAUGAAGAAAUUGGUGCAUUUGCAGUGAUGUCCAUCAACAGACAAAAGGUAAAAGUGAGAUAUCCUGAUAAAAUCAAAAGUUCACAAGAACGAAAAACAAGAUCAGAUGUCAAGUGUUUUUACUGCAAGAAGCAUGGUCAUAUAGCUUGCGAGUGCCAGAAGAAAAAGUGA